AUGAGUGGUGACGACGAAAUGAUGACGGCUAUGGGUUUCACGUCAUUUGGCCAGCGUCAUUGCGAUCGGAGCCGCGUGAAGCAGGUUGCAAGCAAGAAGACUAAUGUGUAUGCACUUCCACAAUUGAUACCUGGGACAGAGCUUGUGGCAGAAUUGUCCAUGGAAAGUGUCCAGGAUGGUCCUCAUGGUGUAGUAUUUCUAGUGUGCAAAGACGUAGGGUCAUAUGAAAAUGGUUUAAUUGAGGUGCUGGAUGAGGACAUCAAGAAAAGUGCAGAAUGGAGCGAUAAGGAAGAGCAGUUAGUGCCGUAUUUGCCGGUGUUGAAAAAACUGAAUCGGGAAAAAUGUAAGUUUGACGAGGUAAACAGUUUGCAGUUUACGAACGCUCGCUCCGCGACAAAUCCGUUUGAGACGUUGGGGAGACAUCGGUUUUUGAAUCGCUCCGCUAUGAAGCUCGUGACAUUAGACUAUAUGUUUCAGUGGACCCAGCGCUUAGAGCAGCACCAAGAAUCGCUCAGUUUUGCUGACAUUUGUGGAGGACCAGGAGGGUUCUCUGAGUAUCUGUUGUGGCGAGCCAAUUGUGCAACGAAAGGCAAUGGCGAUCUCGAUCAAUGUAUUCACGGCUACGGAAUCACAUUGAAGGAAGCAGCAAACAAGUGCGACUGGCGUCUACCCUCAACAUCCCGCAAUUUGUUCACAAUAUGCUAUGGUGAGGACGGUACGGGGAACCUUUGUACCUUGGCAAAUAUUCACCGCUUCCGUGAUGUGGUGCGGGUACGACAUCCGAGCGGUGUAGACUUAGUUUUAGCUGAUGGAGGAUGUCUACAUGCUCGAUCGCAGUCGAACCAGGAAUUGGUAAUGACCAGGCUGAUAUCAGCAGAGGUGCUUGCUAUGUUUUCCGUGUUAAGCGUUGGUGGAGAUUUCGUCUGUAAGACGUUCGAGUUGACAACGCCUGCAAUGUUGCAACUAUGUUGGUUGCUGCAUCGUUGUUUCGAGCGCUUUGCAGUCGUCAAACCAAUUACAAGCCGCCCCGCAAGUUCGGAACGCUACAUCGUUGCACGUGGUCUACAAGCAAGCCGAUCCAUACCAAAACUAGUGAAGAUUCUAGAAGAUCGACUCGUUCAGAGCAGCUGCAACAACACUAGUGAUGAUAACCAGCUCACUUUCUUGCCAAAUAGCACCCCCAUGCGCGAAGAUAUGGACUUCCACAAGUAUAUGACCGCGGCCAAUAAGGCUAUCGCGAUGAGCCAAAUCCAAGCGUGCAGAUGUAUCAACGAGUUUCUCGCCAACAAAAAUAAGAGGAAGUCACGCGGCGAUGAUCCCAAGAUUGAUCGCAAUCAGUACUACCAAUGCUGGCAACUCGGCAUCAAUUCUCGUCAGGACGUUGCUCAAUAA